GCGAACUAAUUAAUCAGGUCAAAUCGCUGCAGGUGUUCUUGAAUUAAUUAAUUAGGUCAAUUAAUUAAUUAAUUAAUUAGGUCAAUUAAUUAAUUAAUUAAUUAGGUCAAAUUGCCACCGGGGGUCCUCUCAUUAAUUAAUUGGGGCAAUAGUGCCAUGGGGGUCCAAUUUUUGUAAGACGCUAUAUUGUUUUUUCUGUAAGUUGCCAUAUUGGAUUUUUUGACGUCAUAUUGGUUUUCUAUUAGUAUGACGUUGCAUCACAUUAUUAUUAUUGUCCAGAAGAUGUCAUAAUGUGUUUUCACAAGACGCCAUAUUGCAUUUCGCAAAGGUAAUUAUUGUUAUUAUUUUUCAUUUGUUGUAUUGUUAAUAAAUUUGAGUAACCUUUAAGUAAUGUUUUUUUAUUAUUAUUAUUUUAUAUGUUAUUAUUAUAUUAUAAUAUAUUCUUAUUUUUUUCAUCAAUAAGAAUAAUAAUAAUAAUUUAAUAAUUUAAUAACUUCCAAAAUAUUGAUAUUUUCAAAAUUCCCGCAAAAUGUAGGUAAUGUAUUUCCCGUUUUUAUCUUUGAGUUUAUAUGAUAUGUUUAGUAGGGCGCUGCCGUCUCGUUUUGUCAGCGCUCUAUGUUUUGCGAAUAUCCACGAUUUUCUUAAAGUUCGAUUCGUCAAGGUAUGCAGUUGUUUGAGAAAAGUUUUGAAGGAAAAUAAAAAAUGAGUGAAAGAGUCAAUAAAAAGGUAAGUCAUUCAAUUUAUUAUACAAUUAAUUAGUUUUCUUUUAAUUCAUUUUAUUUUAUUUAUUUUUAUUUAAUAAAUUAGUUGUGUGGCUUUUUUAUUAUAUAUUUUUUCUUCGCUGAACGUGUGUGCAAUCAAGAGAUUUACACACGUGUUUUGCAAAGAAAAAAAUAUUUAAUAUAGAAAAAAAAAGCCACACCUCUAAUUUAUUAAAUAAAUAAAAAUAAACGAAUUUUUUAUGUAAAAGAAAAUACAAUAAACAUAAAAUUAAUAUGAAAAACAAAAAAAGAAUGGUUAGAACGCAUGCUUGAAAAAUUGCAUCACGCAAGCACGUUUUCUAACCUUUUUUGUUUUUCUUAUCAAUUUUAAUAAAUUUUAAAUUAAUUUAUUUUGUUCUAUUAAUUUUAUUUUAUUUAUUUAUUUUUAUUUAUUUGAUAAAAUGAACAGUUUUUCUAUUAUAUUUUUCCUUUCACGCACGUGUUUUGCAAAGAGGGAAAUAUAAUAGAAAAACUGCUAAUUAAUGAAAUAAAAAUAAAUAAAAUUAAUAGAAUGGAAUAACAUAAAAAACAAUACAAUAAAUUUGAUAAGAAAAACAAAAAGGUUGGUUAGAAUACAUGCUUGAAAAAUUGCAUUACGCAAGCACGUAUUCUCAUCAAUCAUUUUUGUUUUUAUUAUUAAUUUUAUUGUAUUUUAUUCUAAUUCAUUUUAUUCUUUUAAUUAAUAUUAUAUCAUUUUUAUUUAUUUUUAUUUCCAGCGUGUAGGUCUAUUGACAAGACUUCAAGAAAGAAAUUUGAGGGUCCGAUAUAAUGCAAUGUCCAGGUCGGAGCAAGAUAAGCUGGAGCAGGAGUCAUCCGGAGAAGCUACCGUCCCUGUUCGCACUAACGAAGGUUGCUGCGAUGGAGAACGAAAUGGGUGAGCCAUUUUAUUUGACAAGAGAUACGCGCAAUAGAAAUGAUGUAGCUGUCAUCAACUUGGUGAGUGAUGAUGAUGAUGAUGAUGAUGAUGAUGAUGAUGAACCAAUACAUUUAACCAGGGAUACACGUGAACAAGAAUAUGAUGAUGAUGACGACGACGAUAAUGAUGAUGAUGCUGAUACAGUGAUUUUGGAAGAGGAGGAUCUGAUUGGGAGGUUAGAGGAUGCUGAUUUGUACAAUUGCUGCUACAGUCCGUCUAAAAUAACUAGAAGAGGUCGAAUCUGUCGUGAUCCAAUGUGGACACAAAAUUCUAUGUUCUUUUGAAAAAUGAAUUGAAUAAAUAAAUAAUUUUCAAUUUUCAAGUAUGUUGUUUUUUCUCAUUAUUUCCUAUUCUAAGGUUUUUUAUUUUCACGUUUUUCAUGUUUCUGUUUCAUUAUUUGUUUAUCAUUUUUCAGUCACAUUAAUUUUUUUUUCUUCAAGUAAUGACUUCAAGAAAAUGACACUGUGUCGCUAGUUGUUUAAAAAAAAUGAAAUGGUGGCGCUAGUGUGAUGAUGUCGCUAGUGGUCAUCAAAAAGUGGGGAUAAAGCUAAAUAAAUGUCAGUACAUCUAACUCAUUUCAUUGUGUUCUGCUGCAAAGACAAAAUAGUCACAUAAAAAAUAUCAGGUGAGUCUUAACAAAAAUUUUGAUAACCAAUAAGUAUUUUUAUAAUCCUUGGAUUUUUUAUAAAAUUUCUUAAUAACUAAUAAAAUCCUCCAUCUCAAAAUUCAAAUAAAUGAUUACAUACCACUGCAAGGUGGUAAUUCAUCUUUCGUUGAAAUGCCAUCAUGGAUACUGAAAUCUCACUCAGUUGUAAACGUCAAAAAUUCUGAUAAUUUUUGUUUCGUAUGGUCAGUUUUAGCAUGUUUAUACAAAGCGUCUUACCAUAGUGAGCAUGUAAGUCAUUAUACAAAACAUGUUGAUAAAUUAAAUUGCGACGGAAUAACUUUCCCGAUAGCAUGGGAAAGAAUCACAGUUUUCGAAAAACAAAAUAAGUUAAAAAUUAAUAUUUAUGAUAAAGAUGAUGAUGAUGAUGAUGAUGAUGAUGAUGAUGAUGACGAAAGUGAUGAUGAUGAUGAUGAGAAAAAAAAUAAAAAACAUAAAAAAGAAAGGGUUGUAUCAUAUUAUAUAAGGAAAAAU